GGACAACUAGCUAGUUAGCGGCCGCUGGAAACAAAACCGGAGUCUAAAGCAAGUUCUCAUGUUACCCAGUGAAACCUCGGCAGUAUCUGGUUACCCACAUAGCUAAGCAUCUCUUUUCAUUUUAGACUGUCCGCUAAUUUCUUCCGGAGGCUGAAAGUUUCGCAGUGAAAAUGGGAGUACCGAAAUUUUACCGAUGGAUAUCGGAGCGCUAUCCGUGUCUCAGUGAAGUUGUGAAGGAGCACCAGAUUCCUGAAUUUGACAAUCUCUAUCUGGACAUGAAUGGCAUCAUCCACCAGUGUUCUCACCCCAACGACGAAGAUGUCCACUUUCGCAUUUCAGAGGAAAAGAUUUUUGCUGACAUCUUCCAUUACCUGGAAGUGCUCUUCAGGAUCAUCAAGCCUCGCAAGGUCUUCUUCAUGGCUGUGGACGGUGUGGCGCCGAGAGCAAAGAUGAACCAGCAGAGAGGACGCAGAUUCAGGUCCGCCAAAGAAGCAGAGGACAAGAUAAAAAAAGCUCUGGAUAAAGGAGAGGUGCUUCCCACAGAGGCUCGCUUCGACUCCAACUGUAUCACUCCUGGCACUGAUUUCAUGGCAAGACUUCAGGAACAGCUCAAGUAUUUUGUCCACAACAAGAUCUCCAAUGACAAGUUGUGGCAGAAUGUCAGAGUCUACUUGUCUGGUCACGAGACACCAGGGGAAGGAGAACAUAAAAUCAUGGAGUUUAUUCGGUCUGAGAACAGCCAGCCGGGUCACGACCCCAACACCCGACAUUGUCUGUAUGGCCUGGAUGCUGAUCUGAUCAUGUUGGGUUUGACCAGCCAUGAGCCAAAUUUCUCCCUGCUCAGGGAGGAAGUCCGCUUUGGAGGGAAGAAAUCCCAGAAAAGGAUAACAGCUCCAGAGGAGACAACAUUUCACUUGCUUCACUUGUCACUGAUGAGGGAAUACAUAGAUUAUGAGUUCUCUGAUCUCAAGACUCACAUGGGUUCUGAUUAUGACUUGGAGCGAGUAAUAGACGACUGGAUUCUAAUGGGUUUCCUGGUCGGAAAUGAUUUCAUCCCUCACCUCCCUCACCUUCACAUCAAUCAUGAUGCUUUGCCGUUGCUGUACAAGACCUAUAUCAGUGUUCUACCCAGCCUGGGAGGUUAUCUGAAUGAGAAUGGCAACCUAAACCUCAGAAACUUUGAGAAAUACAUGGAGAAGCUUGCUGAGUUUGAUCGGGAACAUUUUAGCGAAGUGUUUGUGGACCUAAAGUGGUUUGAGAGUAAAGUUGGUAACAAAUAUCUGAAUGAGGCAGCCGGACUGGCAGCUGAGAAGGAAGCAGCCAGCAAAGACACCAACAAGAAUGAAGAUUCAGCCCUCUCUCUGGCAGCCCUGACCUCAUCAGAACAAGUGAUUGGAGAAGGAAAAGGAGCGGUGGCAGAUGACGAGGAAGAGGAGGACGACAUGUUUGAAACUGAGUUCAGACAGUACAAACGCACAUACUACAUGACCAAGAUGGGUGUGGAUGUGGUGUCUGAGUGA